UAUAAUUUCACCGUGUUGUUUAUGUUUACAUUAAUUUUUUUUCUUAAUUUUUAAUUUAUUUAUUAUUAAUGCAACUUUCUUCUGAGAAGAAGCAAUAAUUCCAACAUAAAAAUGUCUGUUACAUUUGGCAAAGUGAUAUCGUUAAUUUUAACCGAAAGAUUCGGCCCUAUAGUGUCCAGUGUGGGCUCGUUCCUGUUCAAAAGCCAGAGCAGCCCUUUGUUGUUUAUUACCAGGGGCGUAGAUUUGCCCUUAUCAAAUAUCAAAGCAUCUUUAUGUGUCUUAAUAAAAUACGGCCUAGUUACAUUCAAGCCAAACAAAAACGAAAAAUUGGCCAACUAUCAUUUGGAAUCUGAAAAAGUUUUGCUGAUGUUAAGAUAUCCGAAAUAUCAAAAUCUUGCUAAGAUACAAUUCGGGGAUGAAUCUGCCAUGAUUAUUGAAGAAAUUUUACAAAGGGGUUAUUGGACAGCCUCACAACUAAUCCUCAAAGUCCACGAAAGACUAUCAACAAAUAACGUCAAUCCUCCCACUUUAACUCACAUCAAAGACAAAUUGGUGUAUUUAAUUACAUCAAAAUACUUAGAAAGACUGCCUUCUCCUGACAUAACUAAAGCAGUUCCUAGUUUGAUUAUCCAAGAAAAUGAAUUACAUGUUUUGCCCAAGAUUGACAUAAAAAAUUUAGUGGCUUAUCAAGAAAAUAACUCAGUGACUUUGCCAGAUGCAAAUAUUUAUUGGACAGUAAAUUUCGAUAGGUUCCAUCAAGACAUGAGAGAUCAUAUUAUUGUAAAUGCGUUUGAGAAUAAAUUUGAUGCUCAAGCUGGCGAGAUUAUUAAAUUGUUUUUGAGACAAAUGUACGUUAGAACUGAACCAUGGGCGGACGUUUCCAAUCCAAUUCCCAGUAUUGAAAUUAAAGAUAUUUUGAAAAGGCAAUCGCACCAAACGCAUGCAUUAGCUUUUUUUGAUCAGUACAUGAGCAUUAUUGAACAAGACAAUAGUCGUUUGUUAAGAAAAGUAGGCGAAGCAAGCGGAGGUUCCUAUCAAAUCUACCUUAAAGAAGCUUUCACCCAAUUCGCUUGGGAACUUGUAGAACAAACCGUUCUGGCAAAAUACAAUUCCAAAGCGGCUCGAAUUUUCCGAUUAGUAAAAGAAAAACCUUACAUUGAACCCGAUCGAAUUCAACAGCUUGCCAUGAUUCCUGCCAAAGAUGCCAAAAAGUUAUCUUAUCAGUUAUAUGAAGAGAAUUUCUUGCAUAUACAAGAACUUAGAAAAACAAGCAGCAACAAUGGACCAACGAAAAACUUUACUUUAUUCCACAUCCAAUUGGAAAAUGUAGUGAGAAUGUUGCUGGAAUUGUGUUAUAAAGUGCAAUUUAAUCAUAUUACAAGGAGGAAUUAUGAAAGAGAACUCAAUAAAAGGAUUAUCGAUAAAAAACAAAGGGUUGAUACUAUUUUGAUGGGGAUGAGGGCGCAAGGAGCUACAGAGGAACAGUUAGCAGAUAUUGAAGAAAUGAUUACUCCGCCUGAGAAGGAAGUUUUGGAAAAUAUAGAAAAAAUGAUGAAACAACUUAGCUUAGUGGAAUUAGAAAUUGACGAUACUAUAUUUAUGCUGAAAAUGUUUAUAGUUUAUAAUUGAAACUAUAUAUUAUAUAGAUAUAUUUUAAGUAUGCAAU